GUUCUUUGUAGAAUGUGUUGGGCUCACCAUUUGGUUCACAUGGAGAUGGAGCUUCUCAGCAACUCUUGGCAUCGUGCGAUGAAACAGCUUUACUGCGCCAUGCUCGUCGUGGCGUCUUCGAAGCUGGCCAAAUGCCCAGGAGAAGAUCGGUCCAAAGACGGCACCUGCACCGUGGAUGGAGGCUUCGUUUGCCUUCAGCUCCUGGACACCAGCGGCCGUCCCCGUGACUUUGCGCCGGCACAAGACUGGUGGGACAUCACGGGACAAGCCGCGAAAUGGGAUGAUCGAAUUCGUGGCAACGGCGGGGACUCCUGGUGUGUUUGCGCCACUUGCGCCUCAGAGAUCGUCGAAAAGGUGGGCUGCGCCAAGAUGCCGAUCCGUUGCAACGCCACCAACGAGGAGGACGUCUUUGGCAUCAACCUGCCACAGUACCACGCGCUGGAGAAGUGCCUGCGGCAGAAGUGCGGUUUCAAAGCUGCCGACCUUUGGGAUGCCAGCCUGGAGGCCCUGCAGAAGCAUCUUCAGGGCGGCUCCUGGGUGCAAUCCACAGUGGUCUUAAGCGCCGCGCUGGGGGUGGCAGCAGCCGUGGUGCUCCUGCUCAGGAGGCUAUUUGCUGUGUCUAUGUCCAGUCGCUACGAGCCAUUAGAUACCAGCAGCGAUGGUGAGGGCCUGCUGGACGAGGAUGAGGUGACCUGGGGUUCGUCCGUUGAUGACUGGCAUGAUGAUGUGGCGUCGGCGCAAGCCGAGCCAAACGAAACUGGAGAGCGUCCGAACGAUACUUUGGGGACCUCCUCGUUUGAGAUGAAAGUUCAUACAAAGACUGCUGACGAUUGCCAUUAGGUUGCAUGCUACCCAUGCAACCCAGUUGAAACAUUGGUGUUGCCCUUGUUACCAGUAGUAAUGCCCUUGUUGCUAGUAGCGAUGCCAAGUUUCCAAACAAGGGAAAUCCAGUUUCUGCAGCCGGGCCUGAUUGUAACAACGCCUUUAGCACAGUCUCAGUGCUCCGCAGAAAAACCACAUGGCCCUGUGCAGCUUGAAGGACGGCGAUGACGUGGCGUCAUGGGGGUUGGGGAUAACGGCCGUCUCAGUAGAUACGGC